GUCAUAAUCCAAAACAAAAUUUUUAAUGUAUAAAUGGACAGAGCGCUUGUGGCGAAAGGAUUGUUGUCUUUGGGGAAACCUGCAACACCGCAGGAGAUCACGGAGCAAUUGAGAAAGAUAUUUAACAUGUCUGCAUUCACAUUCACAGUCGACUUGACCCUACAGCAAUUCGAACCGAUGGGAUUCUUUAAGAGAGAGUGUGAACUGUAUUCGGUACCCUCUGAAAUCUUGAACAUAGUCCACGGCAAUUGUGAAGUCGGCCCAAAGUCGGAGAUCCACCGAUUUGAGGAACCGGAAAAAGAAGAUGUGGUCUACGGUGUGCCACCCAUUGAUCCCUCUCAGUCGCUGCGCCAUCCGUACCUCUACCAAUAUUACUAAACCAAAAUACAGAAACAAAUGCAGAGUUCCGUUGAUCAAAGUCAUCACUUGGAUCUUAUUUACAUCCAAAUUUUGAAAACAUUAUAAAUCUCUUUGUCUAAAAUGGAAACCAACAAACGUUGGCAAAUAAUAUACCAAUUUAAAUUUGA